CACACACUCCGUCUCACAGUCACUCUGGUGAAGACGGGAGCCGGUUCGGCUGCGCAGCGAGACGGGACAGGGCAGGAAUUCCCUGGGAGUGGAGCCUGUGUUGACCCAGCCCAGACAGAGACGGAGAGGCACGGAAGGGGGACGCCUUGCACGGAGGGGGGGGGGGCCCUGGUGUGGAUUAGGGGGGACGGUCCCUGACACGGCUUUGUUGGGUCUUACAAAGAGCGACGGAGAGCAGCAGAGAGUGUGCUGUGCCGGAAAGGCGUGUGCGUAUGUGCGCGUAUAUGCUCUUGUGAGUGAGACAACAUGUGCUGUGUGUUUGUGCGUUUGUGAGCGCGUUGUGCUAGUCGGUGUGUGUGCAUCACUCCCUGGGUGUUGCGUGUCUGUCUGUGUCUGUCUGUGUGUGUCUGUGUGGGUAUUGUAAUCAUACCAGGCAUAGACAGGGUCUCUAUCCCUCGCGCGGGAUCUCCUCUCGGGUGCUCCCCUGGCAUGGUUGUACGUCUGUGGCUGUGACCAAGGAUGGAAGUGCCGGUCCACAGAAGCAUCAGGACAUCACACCAGGCACUCAGAUGACACCUUCAACAUGGAGAUCUCUUUCUUUACUACCGCCGUCAGCCAGGGCGGGUUGCAAGAAAAAUCUGCUGUUAAUCUCUGUCUGCUGCAUGUCCUGUACUGCUGUGAGGUUUAAACAGUUACCGGGAGCGCAUUUAACCUGCCUUAUAGCCUUCCUGUAGAUAUUGACUCCUCCAUUACUGGAGAAAUGUGGUUUGGUCGUUUUUGGAGAGAAGCACACCUCUCCCUAGCAACUGUCCAUCUGACUGGUUGUGUUCCCCUCUCCUACCCCUGGAGGCCAUUGUCUCUUCCUGUCUGUCAGGGAGGGAGGGAUGAAUGAAUCAAGUUGUCGGCUCUGUGGGAAUCGUUAAAGCUUUGGUUUUGGCUUAGCAUGAGUGAAGGGUCAUUGAUGGACCACCCCUGGUCAUUGAUGGACCAAUUAAAUCGCAGGAGGUGGUGAUCAACCAGGAAGAGAAAAGCUGACCUGCGGGUUUCUUGACUAGACACCCAAAUGGAUAAUGACCUGUGGAUUUAGGAAUUGCCUCUUUUUACUGGGUGGAAAAGGAACAUUGUUUCUCUACUUGGAUGAAGCCUACGCAAGUAUUCAUUUCUCUGGGUGAUUGAACGAGGGAUGGAGUGAGUUGAAGAGAGUGUGAGAGACAGAGAGAGGAGAGAGAGAAGUCUCCGGGGGAAUCGAGCGAUGAGACUUUCGCGAUGAUGCCGAGGACGACCAUGUGCCUGAAUGAGUAUGAUGUCCUAGUUGGAAGUCUUCCCAGGCCGCGAAGGGAAACGGAGACUCCAGCCAAUCUGGAUUUUCUCUUUUUGUUGUACUAUUCCGGAAUAUCCCUCUAACAGUGAAAAAAACUAAAAAACUUGAGAGAGAGAGAGAGAGAGAGAGAGAGGCCGGGGUUUCCUGACUUGAGUGGCCUCUAAUAGACUGUUCUGUGGAGUUUGUGUACCAGGAGGGGUUUUGAGAGAGCCUUACAUACCUGAGUAUUGACACACUUGUUUUUCUGCCCUAACCGCUGCACCCUGGACCAGUAUUUGCCAUAUGGUUUUUGUAGUUUUAACCCCCCGGCAUUGAAAAAAAGUUCACCAAAUGUCACUGGAUAAAGGUCACCCUUCCCAGUCACAUUGAAACUCUGCUUCAUGCCGGGAAGCCAUCAUAUUUGACUUUGAAAAGCAGUUAAAAUCAGGGAGACAACUGAGCAGUGAGAGACCAUAUUAUGUGGGCUGCUUUCUUUUUUAUCAACCUUUAAGUGACACGGCAAAACCUGCCCACACCUUUGGCUUAAAUGAAGGCAGGUCACUCCCAGGCAGGACGGGAGAAGACCAUGAUGCAUGUGAACAACUUCCCGCUAAGGAGACAUUCCUGGAUCUGCUUCGACGUGGACAAUGGCACUUCUUCAGGACGCAGCCCUCUGGAUCCCAUGGCCAGCCCGGGCUCAGGCCUCAUCCUGCAGGCCAACUUUGUCCACAGUCAGAGGAGAGAAUCGUUCCUCUACCGCUCUGACUCGGACUACGACCUGUCGCCCAAGUCCAUGUCCAGGAACUCCUCCAUCGCCAGCGACAUGAAUAACCACCUGCAGAGGCCAGGCCUGACCUCGCGGCGGUCUGAGCCCGUCAUUAGCGGAAACCACGGGGACGACCUGAUUGUCACGCCGUUCGCACAGGUGCUGGCUAGCUUGAGGACGGUACGGAACAACUUUGCUGCACUAACCAACUUGCAACAAGACAGAGCUUCAAACAAGAGGUCACCAAUGUGCAAUCAGCAACCACCCAUCACAAAAUCCCCUUUCUCAGAGGAGGCCUAUCAAAAGCUGGCUACGGAGACGCUGGAGGAACUAGACUGGUGCCUGGACCAGCUGGAGACCCUGCAGACCAGACACUCUGUCAGUGAGAUGGCUUCCACCAAGUUCAAGAGGAUGUUGAACAGGGAGCUGUCUCACCUGUCUGAGAUGAGUCGCUCUGGGAACCAGGUCUCUGAGUACAUCUCCAGCACCUUCUUGGACAAGCAGCACGAUGUGGAGAUGCCGUGUCCACAGACGCAGAAGGAGAAGACAGACAAGAAGAACACGAAGCCCAUGUGUCAGAUCAGUGGCGUGAAGAAGCUGCAGCACAGUACCAGCCUCUCCAACUCGAAUAUACCCCGGUUCGGGGUCAAGACCGAGACAGAGGACGAACUGGCGACGGAGCUUGAGGAUGUCAAUAAAUGGGGCCUUAAUCUUUUUAAAGUGACUGAACUUUCGGGCAACCGGCCUUUAACAGUCAUGAUGUACACCAUUUUCCAGGAAAGGGACCUAUUAAAAACGUUCAAAAUACCAUUAGACACAUUUAUAACUUAUUUGAUGACUCUUGAAGACCAUUACCACGGCGACGUAGCUUAUCACAACAACAUCCAUGCUGCUGAUGUCACCCAGUCCACUCACGUGCUGCUGUCCACACCUGCCCUGGAGGCUGUGUUCACAGACCUGGAAAUCCUGGCGGCCAUCUUUGCCAGUGCUAUCCACGAUGUUGACCACCCGGGGGUCUCGAACCAGUUUCUAAUCAGCACCAACUCUGAGCUGGCCCUCAUGUACAAUGACUCGUCUGUCCUGGAGAACCACCACCUAGCCGUGGGCUUCAAGCUGCUACAAGAAGAGAACUGUGACAUCUUUCAGAACCUGACCAAAAAACAACGACAGUCCCUCAGAAAGAUGGUCAUAGACAUUGUGCUGGCCACAGACAUGUCUAAGCACAUGAACCUCCUGGCAGACCUGAAGACCAUGGUGGAGACCAAGAAGGUGACCAGCUCUGGAGUGCUGCUAUUGGACAACUACAACGACAGAAUACAGGUCCUCCAGAACAUGGUCCACUGUGCGGACCUCAGCAACCCCACCAAACCCCUGCAGCUGUACCGCCAGUGGACGGACCGCAUCAUGGAUGAGUUCUUCAGCCAGGGGGACCGGGAGAGGGAGAGAGGCAUGGAGAUCAGCGCCAUGUGUGACAAGCACAACGCCUCGAUACAGAAGAGCCAGGUGGGGUUCAUCGACUACAUCGUCCACCCUCUGUGGGAGACGUGGGCAGACCUGGUCCAUCCUGAUGCCCAAGACAUCCUGGACACCCUGGAGGACAACAGGGAGUGGUACCAGAGCACCAUCCCCCAAAGCCCCUCGCCCGCCCCGGAUGAACCGGACGACGCCAGCAGCCGCCCCCCCGGGGACAAGUUCCAGUUCGAGCUCACCCUGGAGGAGGACGGGGAGACGGAUACCGAGAAAGACAGCGGUAGUCAACCGGAGGAGGAAGAGGAGGAGGAUGAUAGCUGUGACUCGAAAACGCUCUGUACGCAGGAUUCGGAAUCCACAGAGAUACCAUUGGAUGAGCAGGAGGAGGUGGAUGUGGAAGAGGACGACGUGGAUGUAGAGGAAGAGGAGGAGGAGGAGGAGGGAGAGGAGGAUGAGGGUGAAGUGGUACGCAGGGAGCAAUGUAUGACAGAGUUAGAAGAGGAAGAUGAGGAGGGAGAGAGUGAAGGAAAGGAGGGCGAGGAAGAGCAGAGGACAGCUGCUACAUAGCAGGAGACUAAACCGCGCCGGUUGCCAAGCUGCAAGUGAGAGUCUGUGGCUUUAAGACUGCGGCUCGGCUGAGUAUAGGCUGAGUACUAAUAAUCACCAUAGGGUCUGGGAUUAGGCAUCAUUGGGAGUUCCAAAGCAGACGUGGCACUCCUCAAUCCCAGGCAUCUCCUCACUCUGCCACCAGGAGGCGAUAUGGAGCAGAGGUCCCCAACCCCCCCAAAGACUCCCACCCUUGGAGCUUCACACUUUUGCACUCAGGAAUAUUUUAGUCGACUUUCUUGUCUCCUUCUCGUUUACCUUCUGGUCUGUCGGGUCCGUCGGGAGGGAGGUGCCUGUCGGCCGACGCCCCCGGUGGGUUUGAGUUCAAAGGCCAUCCUCCACCUCCAGCCUUUCCUCUCACUCCCUCCCACUUCCUGCCUGUGCAGGAGGUUAACAGGAAGUUUCCUCUGACUCUCAGACUAAGCACAUGGGCUACACACAAGAUGCUUGGAAUAGGACCAACUGUAGAAUCGUUGGAGGGAGAAGCGGGUCAGUGGUGAGGGAUCUUAUCACCCCAGUCCACUGAUACGAUCUGAAAAACCAUUGAGGGAUAUUACGGAGGCAGGCAGACAAAGACAUUCCUUACGAGAGGAAAACAAAGAUACCUUUUUUUUUCUAAAGUUCAAGUCUUCCUUGAAACCAGACUGGUAGAAAAACGCAGCUGAAACGCUGUUUUUGACCUCCUCAGUUUUUGUAUUGUACGUAAAACUGCGAUCUUUUUGUAGAUUUUACUUUUGUUUAAUGGAGAGAGAGAGUGACGGAAAGAGGGAAAUAAAGCUGAGGAAGAGAAUCUUCUUCGUCACCUAUCGCAACCAUUGAAACUUUAUUUUUUUUUAGAAGAGACAUACGUUGUGUCGUAACAUAAUGGGUGUGGUCUUUCUGGGAUUGUGUGCUUGAGUGUGUCGCGUGGAUGUGUCUUACCUGUACAUUUACCACGCUCUCUUUUGCUGUCCUUCAUCUUCUCACCCAGGUAUUCCAGAUAAACUUGUGGUUUCCUGGUUGAAAGCUUAGCGGUUACUCAUAUCACUUUACAUUGGCCUUAAAUGUAUCACUUGUUUUAGUUUAUUCAAAGCAGAUGAAGCAGGUGAAUAUUGACCUUACAGUGAGAACAAUAUUACAUGUUCAUGUCUUGUUACCAUGCUGAGUGUGAUGCAUGUAGCCAUUUGUUCUGCUCAGUCAAGUACGCUGUCCAAAUGGAACAGUCAGUCUUACGUCUGUUUUGAAAUACACCAUGUGGUACGUUUUCCUCCACUGUUCAGGGCGAUGAAUGACCCCCCCGUUGACCUUCCACUCGCUUCCAUGAACACACAUUGUUAUCCAUUGAUAUCUGUAACACUUUGGCGUGUAGCCACGUACUUAAAUAAGGGAUAUUCCGAGGAGGGACUGCGUGCUCUCUGGUGUUGCAUUAUUUUCCAGAGAACAGCUCCACGUUGAUUAUCCAUUUUAUAACAUAUCUAGAAUGUGACGCGUCCUGCUGCUAGAAAUGUGUUGACAUUUACAUUGUCUAACAGACGCUCUUAUCCAGAGUGAGACAUUUUCAAACUGGCCCUCCAUGGGAAUUGAACCCGGAAACCUGAAUCCUGGCAAGUGGCAUGCUCUACUAAGGACCAAAAUCCACUCAAGUAGCUAGAAGGUUUACUAGGUAGCUACAGCAGUUGCCUUGGUAACAAAAUAAACUGACCUGCUAGCUUAGCUAGCCAAACUAGCAUCCUAUCCUGCCAUUAUGACAAUCUGAUUCAACCAUCCAAACAAUGUUUUACAUAUGACUGAGCUCAACUUCAAGCUCUAACUUUAUUGCUGUUGAAUUUGACUGUACGAGAAUACCCUCUAUUAUAGGGCAAUAAUGCAUGCUAUAAAAUGCCCUCCAAGCCCAUCAGAGACAAUAUUCAAUUACAUUUUCUACAUUGUCUAAUAUUAACACCUGAUUACAAAGGGACUUACAGGUUUUUUCUGUGUAACACAGUUGUUACAGACGAAAACCUUUUGUGUGGUUACAUACACUGUAUUGCCAAAAAUGUUAAUAUUGCUCAAAUAUUCGAAUGAAUAUCGAAUGAAAAUAGAGUGGCUGGAUACUAAAGUGUUACAGGACACACAUAUGUCUGUCUGUAUGUCUUGGGCUGAAUGUCUGCAUCAGGCUCAUUGUGUUGAAAAUUUUGUUUCCUAACACGGUUUGACUAUCGGCCUAUAAACUGAGUCUGUCACACAAUCAAUAACAAUCUGCAUUAAUCCAGUGAAACCACAGAUGAAUGGCGUCACUGGAAUUAUUAACUCUUUAACAACAUUUGCCUUUGUUGAAAAAUGUUUCGUCAUGGGCGGAUUUCACACUGGACAUUGGCUGUCGCCAGCGUUGUUUAAAAUAUUGGAAAACUUCAUAGGUAAUGUAUAUAACUGUACUUCUAGCAUCCGAACCAUGAAACGGACUCUUCCACGCGUCGUGCCCCCAUACGAGUACCCGUGAGUACACAAUCCCAUGUUCCCUGGAUUUCGGAAAGAAUUCCACAAAAUGGAAGUAGUAGCACAGUAAUUGCAAUACAUUUGCACACACAUUAUUUGUUUCUUUUUGAUUUCACAUUGCAAUAUAUUUGUAUUUUUCAGGGGGAGGGCUAGACAUGUCAUUUUGACCCCUGUAUUGCUUUUGUAUUUUCCUUUUUUUUCUUUUUUGCCAAAAUCCUCUUAUUUUUUACUCUUCCCAGGACUCCGCUGUAAAAGGCAAUGGGCACCAUUAAGUCAAGUGGCUUGUUCUUUCUCAAAGGGUUUCUGUGUUGGUUUUUGUCAUUGUUUUAUUUAUAUUUAUUGACUUGCUAACACUGUCUAUGAGUCACAUAGUGAUGCUUCGUAAAUGCUAUUUAAGGAGCGACAAGCUGUUAUUAAUGCUUAUAGCAGUCCUUACAGUGCAUUAUGGGUGUGAAAGAAUUUGAAUGCAUUAUGCAGACACAGGUGGUUGAUGGUGUUCUAUUGAAUUCACAGCUUUUUGGCAGCGUUAGGCCGUCCUACGUCAGACAGCACUGUAGAACACAACCUGUAGCGGUAAUACAUGAUGUGGACUUGCAAAAUGCAACUUUCGUUCCUCAUCUAGUGAUAGGGUGUAAGAACCAUGGAAAGAAAAUGACCAGAAGAGUCAUUCAACACUUAGAACAAACACUUGUCAGACAUGCAAAAAAAUAAAAGUGGAAACAUGAACACACUUGAAUCCGACUUUUAAAGUACAAACUUUAAAAUUGUAUUCUUGGAAAAUGUUUUUUUUACUUUUAGAAUUUAAUUUUUGCGUGCCAUGCCUUUUUUUUUUUUUUUUGCUUUUCUCACCGGACAACCUUAUCUGUUAAUGAAUUGUUCUCGUUUGUCUCUGUUUACAACCAUGUAUUUAUUAAGCUGUACAUAUUGUAAUGUUGCAUUCUGUAAAUGACCGAUUCUUACUAUGUCAUCCCUAAUGGCGAUGGUGUUGCUGUAUUUGAAAAACUCUUGUUGAGAGAAUGUUUAAUAAUGAUACAUACCUAACCAAUGUAUAAAUGCUCUUCUGUACAAAAAUGAUAAAAGUGGAUGAAAUGAAACGUC